GGCACAAAGAAUACAGUAUAAAUAUGCGUGUAGACCGUCCAUAGUUUAUCAGAGUUCUCAUCAAAUAACAAGUAAGAAAAGCGAGAGAAAAAGAGAUAUCGGCCAUGGCAACUACUCCACAAUGGAUCAUGGUUGGAGGAGAUGGUCCUGAGAGUUACAGCCAACAUUCCUCGUAUCAGAGAGCUUUGUGGGAAACCGCAAAAGAGAAGAUGAACGAGGCUAUCUCAGCCAAACUCAGCCUCGACUUGAUUUCUGAUCGCUUCUGCGUUGCGGAUUUUGGUUGUGCGAGUGGACCUAACACUUUUGUGGCAGUCCAAAACAUAAUAGAUGCAGUUGAAGACAAAUACCGCAAGGAAACUGGACAAAACCCGGCGGAGAACAUAGAGUUCCAAGUUCUCUUCAACGACUUUUCAACCAACGAUUUCAACACUCUCUUCCAGGCACUUCCACCUGGCAGACGCUGCUAUAGCGCUGGUGUUCCGGGCUCCUUCUUUGGCCGCGUUCUCCCUAAGCAUAGUUUCCACAUAGGAGUCAUCAGUUAUGCUUUCCAUUUCACCUCAAAAAACCCCAAAGGGAUCACCGACCGUGACUCUCCUCUUUGGAACAGAGACGUGCAUUGCACUGGAUUUAAUGAAGCAGUCAAGAAAGCAUAUCUCGAUCAGUACUCGGCCGACACCAAAAAUCUAUUAGACGCUAGGGCUGAGGAGCUCGUCCCCGGGGGAUUGAUGUUGAUCUUAGGAUCGGGUUUAAGAGACGGGGUUAAAAUAUCCGAGACCGCUAAAGGAAUUAUGAUGGAUUUCAUCGGAGCUUCUCUUAACGAUCUUGCUCAACAGGGCGUCAUCGAGCAAGACAAGGUUGACUCUUUUAGCACACCACUCUACGUCGCCGAAGAAGGUGAGUUGAGGCAAAUCAUAAAGGAGAAUGGGAAGUUCACAAUCGAGGCUUUUGAGGAUAUCAUUCACCCAAACGAGGAGUUACCCUCAGACCCCAAGAUCUUGGCCGUCUCCUUUAGAGCUUCCUUUGGAGCUUUUCUAUCGGCAUAUUUUGGAGAGGACACAAUGACAAAAGUCUUUGAACUCGUCGAGGUCAAGGCACGGAAAGAGUUUUCUAAAAUCCAGAAUGCCAAACCCGGAAUGCAGUACCUCAUCGUGCUUCGCAAGAACUGAUGAUCCAAAUAUAUUAUCUUUUAAUAUUAUUUCAAUAUUAAUUUGUGUUGUUAGGGUGGGCACUUUACCCGAUAUCCGAAGCCGCACCCGAACCCGAUCCAAAAAAUCCGAAUCGAAAUCCGAACCGAAGUAGCAAAAUAUCCGAACGGAUAUUGAAUUAGGAGAGAUUGGAUAUCCGAACCCGAAUGUAUAUCCGAAGAUAACCGAACAUAUGUAUAUUUAACCAUAUAUUUCUAGUUUACAUAUCUCAUUUUAUA